GAAAGACUUCUCCAUCAAAAUAAGCCCCAAACUUAAACUGUUUGAGUGGACCAAAUCUAAAAAUAUCAACAAGCCAGUCUAUAUUACUACUGAGAGAGCUGUGGAUAGGAACUUUAACUGUGUGCUUCAUCUGAACAACAAUGAGUUCACGACCCCUUACUGGGAGAAGUCCAAACAGCUGGCAGAGCAGGCCUCUGCUGCCGUGGCAACCACAGUGCUGGAUAUUGUUGACGGCCGUGUAGAAGAGCCCUCAGAACAGUUAGAAAAAUGUCGAGUUCAGUGGCUGGGGCUUAAAAUUGAUAAAAACUUGAUCAACAUUGACAAUGGAAAUCAGGAAAACUGUGACAAGGGGAAGAACUCUAAUAUGUCUCAGUCUGCAAAAAGAAAAUGUGACACUGAUAUCAGUGAAAGAAAUAAAAAAGUUUGUCCUGAUGAAAAUGCUGGCUAAUAUUUAGCUAGAAAAACCAUAUUUCUAUUC